UUUUUCAUGCGCCACAAUCCAGUCCAUCAGGUGGCAGUAAUGCAGCUAAAUCUGGCUGCCAACCGCCAAUCAAAUCAAAGCGCGGGAGAACAGAUUUCAAAUGCGAAACGGACGGAGACCAGGCCUAAAGGAUAACAGCAAACUGUUUUUAGAGGAGGAAUGAGAUAUUUGGUGCUGAUCACUGUGUGUCUUGGGAUCAUUUGUCUUCUUCUGAUUGCUGCCAUCAUCCUGCAGCAUUUUCUGGCCGCUAAUAAGCGAGGAUAUCUGUGGGGUCCAGAUGGCUUGUUCAUAUCCAAUGAGUUGAAGAGCUGGUCUGACAGCAGGCAAUACUGCAAGGAUCGUGGAGCUGAUCUGGUUAUUAUCAACACUGAAGAGAAGCAGAGACACAUAUCUUCAUUCAUCAAGGAAAGUGUGUGGAUCGGUUUGUCUGACAGAGAGAAUGAGGGCAACAUGAAAUGGGUGGAUAAUUCACCAAUGAAUCAAGGGUUCUGGGCUGAAGGUGAGCCAAAUAACCAUCAUGGUAAGAGCGAGGACUGUAUUGAAUUGUAUCCUUCAGAAAACAGCCUGAGCAACUGGAAUGAUCUCUCAUGCUCCGAUAAGAGAAAAGGGAUUUGUGAGAAAUAGUGUUUAUCCUGUCUUCAUGCUUGUAAUUUUUUUGUUGAAUUAUUGUCUUUUAAAUCACUGUUUAUCAUUUGUUGGUCUGAAGCGUUCCAUGUUACAGGUGACAAUCACAGUAGACUACAGAAGUCUAAAAAUAGCCCUGAUUCUGCCUAUUAUUCUGAUGUUGAGUGUCUGUAAAAUUGCUUUUGAAUUGAAUGGCUUUCUCUAUGAAUAAAAU